AUGAAGUUGUAUCUUUCGUAUAUUGCCCACAAAACACUCAAAUUUAAAUGUUUCCUCACAAAUGAAGACGACCGUUGCGAUGUUACAUUGGGUAUUAGUAUGAGUUGUAUCGGCAUUAUUGCAUUAAUACUAUUGUUGGAUUAUGUUGCAUCAUUAUCAUGUGAUUGUGAAUCAUUGUCCAAUCAAUAUCUGAAAUUAAUUCAUAUAUACAAUCAUAAACUAACAAUUGAACUUCAUUUUAACAAAUUAGAUCAUAAAUCACCAAUAAUGAAUCCAUUGUAUACGGACGUCAAGCAUUUUCCGAUACCAAUUCAAUUAUGUUUUCAUCCAAAUGAAAAAACUGCGUAUCAAUCAAUGAAAAUCUCGGCUACUUCUCGCUGUAAAUCUGCGUUUAAUCGAAGCGAUGAGUUUGGUUGUAAUGUUCUCAUGUAUUCACUUCGAUGUCAACGUUACAAACUAUUUGAUUUGUUAUUAAAUGAUAUUUCAAUGGAUAUCGAUCUUCGGGCAAAAGAUCGACAUGGAAAUACAAUUGUUCAUUAUGUCAUUGUAUACAGCGAAAGAGAAAAUACAGAAUUAAUGGAGAAAUUAAUCGAAAAAAUGAAUCAAUUUCGAAUUGAUAUCGAUCAAAGAAAUACUUUUGGAUUUACACCAUUACUGUUAGCGAUAUAUUCUGGUCGAUACGAUCUUGGUUUAAUUCUUUUAACUAAAGCUAAUGCUUCGCCAUUCGUUCGAGAUUAUAUUCAAUUGAGAAGUAUCGGUGAUUAUAUUGAAAACGAUGUAAAACAAAGUAAAUGUAGUUCGAAGCUUGACAAAAUUCGACCGUAUUCCAGUCCAAUAACUCGUGAAUCAAUUCGUUUUCGUCUUCGACUUUACCAAACAUUCCCAUCGCGUCCGGAAACUUCACGUUCGAAUUUAAACGAAAACUUCUUCGAAAACAUUUUCCCACAAGCUGUGCAUGAUCAUUCAGGAUCAAUGCGUUCCUCGAUUUUAUUCGUGUUUCAUACAAACAAUUCAAUGUCGAAUCUAUCACAUCUCGUUCAUCAUUUAAAUCAACGUUUUCCAGUAUUAAACAUCGCACGAAGACAAAUCAAAGUUAAAAUUGAACAGUCUGGUGAUCAAUUUGAAAAUUCCAAAACCAAUAUUCAUUUGAUUCUGAACUUUUUUGAUCCAGAUCCCCGACCAAAAGCAAUUCCACCAAAACCGAUAACUGCACAUGAAAAAGGAUUAGGUCCAUUCAAACGUUCCAGUCUCGAUCAGAAAUUUUUAGUCAUGCAUUCCAUAAACUCCUCACAUCGUGCAUCCGGAGAUAUUCCGUCGUCGAUGUCAUUGAGAGAAACUCAUAUUUAUGAUAUCAACAGUCUGUCGGACAAGGACAAGUUCAAAUUACUGUCAGCCAAGGCUCUUGAUUACAUUGAUCAGCAUUGUGCCGUAUCGAUUCGUCUUGAUGGAAUUUAUAUUCCAGCUGAAUUAAGGCAAUUGCUUGACCAUAAAAGACCGCUUCAUUUAAAUGUAACAACUCAAGAUGCAUUUUCAUUUGAGACAUUUAAACGAUGUGUAACAACAUUUUUAUCAAGAGAACGUGAAUGUGAUGAAAAUAAUCUUGGACAAGGAAAUUGGAGUAUUGUCGAGCAAGGAUACCAAACAACAGUUAUUACGGGAUAUGUUUUCGAUGGAAUUAAAGGAUACAAUGUACCAAAUUAUGUCUUUGAGAAUUUGGCUUAUUUUAUUCGAUGUCUUCGUCAUCAAUAUCGAUGUAUGGUCACACUUUCAUGCGAAUCACCGGUGGUGAAAUUAUCGUCGAAAUUAACCGUUUCCAUAACACAUGAAUCACCAAUAAUCCGUCAUCUCGCUGCAACUUACAUGCAAAAAUCGAUGAUGUCGGCUGUGACUCAAUGCGAAAUGUAUCAUGUAAACCUUAUUUUACAUCAAAAUUUAGAUAUGUCACCAACCAUUGGAACACCACCUCGACUAGUUCAACCACCUGCAUUGAAUGAUGCACGUCUUCUUUUACCAACACUAACACAAAAUAUCAAUAAUAAAUGGGACACAAUGUCCUUGUCUGAUGCUGCACCGAUCUGUGAUGAUCCAUUAAAUCUCAACGAUAUCCUUCAAUCAGUUGCACCAGCAUCAUUUGGACAAAGUUCAAUACAAUCAACACCAUCAGUGAGUCAUGCAGCCAUGACUCGUCAAUAUCCUUCAACAUCUAUUACACACAACCUUACAAAUACAUUUGAUCAAAUGAGACUUGAUGAAUGUCGAUUAAAUCAACGCUAUUUAUCCAGCAGUACUGAAGCCGUCAGUCCGACAGGGACAACUACGGGUAUCGAUGAUUAUCCACACGAAGCUCGUCAACGUCGUGCACCCGUUGACCAUGCAUCACAAUUAGGAGCGAUAUCCGAUGUUACAGACGAAGAAGAAAGCGCGGCUUGGCGUGUCGAUCAACGUCCAUUUCAUACGCAAAUUCGUACACUUCAACAUCGUUUUUAUUCGUAUGGCAUCCGUGUCGGUGAAGAAUAUUCUCGAAUAACCUCGAUUUUAAAUAUUCCUCCCUUAAUUUCCAUAACGGAAACAGCUCGAGAACGGAAAAUUGGAACGAAAAAACAAUGGUACUUCUCACUUUUACUCGAUGGCCAUUUAAUGUUAGCCUACGUUUGGGAUUCCAAGAAAAACGAUGCCAAACGACGUGCUUACGACACUAUGGUACAUCUUCUCAAUACUACACAUGAAUUUGCGAUCAAACCAGUGAAAAAUAACAAAUGGAAAGUUGUUAAAGCAACUCGACAACGUUGA